GUACCUUACAGGAGUGUUGGCUUUUACUCUAUACUAUAGGCUACAGGAUAAUCCUGGUUCUCUAUUGAGGUUGAACACUGCUGUAGGUUUUACAGGAUGACGGUGGAAGUGGGGACUGUUGCUUGAGCUAUACAGCAUGACAGAGGAGAGUACUCCAGGCUGGCAGGAAAUACUUCAGGAAUCUCUUCUUCCAGUGUAAAGAACUGUCAAAAUACCAAGGAAUUGUCUUCUAAUUGGCUGUUGAGAUGAGACCAAGAGACGUUGUGUAUGCUGUUACUUUCCUCAUCGUCAUCCUCGUUAUGUGGGGAAUCUAUACCAACCCACCCUACAUCCAUCAGAGAGCAAGGGUUAUACAACAACAUAUCUUUGGAGCUCAAAGAGCAACUGUGGUCACUGCUGCUGUGCCUGAAAUCUCCCAUCCAAAAUGCAGCCUUUCCAAAAACUGCCCUAUCGACCAUUUUGCAUUUCAAAUCAAGAGUGGAGCAGCGACUGUUGUGGGCCCAAAGAUCUGCUUUGAUGGUAACAUUGUUAUGAGUGGUGUGAUGAACAACGUGGGACCAGGCCUGAACCUAGUGCUGGUGAAUGGUGAAAAUGGGAAGAUCGAAAAAUUUGACUACUUUAACAUGUACUCUGGAGAAACAAAGGCCAUCUUGGACUUCUUAAAGACGAUUAAACCCGGAAUGAUUGUUCUGGUGGCAUCUUUUGAUGAUGCAGCGACAAAGAUGACUGAUGAAAUCAGGAACAUAUUUGCGGGACUGGGAAGCAGCAGUAUCAAGGAUGUCAAAUUCAGAGACAGCUGGGUCUUUGCUGGAGGCGCUGGGACAGAACAGAAAAGCCCCUUUGAGAAGCUGGCUGCCAAUAGUCAGAAGACCAAUAUUUACGGAAACUGGCCAGAGGUGGUGGAAAUAGCCGGCUGCUUCCCCAGGAAGAUCUGACUAGACAUCCCAUACAGAGAUCUCCGAGUAUACUGAUCUAGAAUCAUGUCCAUCCUAUCCAUGUAUUGUUAUUCAUUAUUAUGUCAAAGGCUAAACAGAUCCUGAAUCGGUACUCAUACUAUAUGAGACGUUUUAUAAGUACAGGCCUUGAUAGACUUCCUAUGAAAAUGGUUCCGGACUGGCUUGAUGAUUGACAGAUCAAACAAACCACUGUCAGGAUCACUCAACUUUAAGGAACAACUUCUCUGUUAAGACUGGGCAUUCAUUGUGUGUUUUUUCAUGUCAGAUUAUUAUGGUUACAUCAUUUUUUGCAAAAUAGAGGAGUUUCAAAGUAUGUAAAACAAUUAAAAAGAACAUGUGUUUUUAAGAAAUUUGAGAGUUGUUGUUUCAAAUUAAAUAAUGAAUCUUG